AUGAGUACAGAUAUUGUGUAUUUUGUGAUGGUAAAAGCGAUUAAUUAAAAAAAAUCAAAUUAUUCAGAAGAUUCCUCAACCGAGGAACAGCUUGUGAGAUUACUCAAAUUGGGAACGGUUAAAAAGAUUAGAGACUUUACUAUUGAGAAAAGUAUUCCGCAAAUAAAUUUGCAUUAUCCAACACAAAAACUUGCUACUCCACUUACAGUUGCUACAGAACGUGGUGUCUCGCAAAUUUUGACGAAUUCGUUAGAUAGAAUUUCCACCUACUUGGAUGAUAUCACAAUACAGCCCUGAAAAACAGCCCUGAUGCAAGCUUCUUACAAUACACGAAGUACGGAGAUCUUGUAAAUACUCUUAAAGAAAAGAGCAGAUCCUCGAAGAACAGACAUCAGGGAGUUGGAUUCUCUCUAUUUUGCUAUUGUCGGGGAAGGAAUAAAAAAUGUUAUCUUUAUACUGGAUGCUGGUGUACCAACAGAUUCGCGAGAUCUUGAUAGUCGCACAUCCUUAAUGAUAGCUGGUGAUUGAUGAAAUUUGAUAUUAUCCAAUUUGAAAAUUAUAUCUGAGCUGCUGAACCGAGGAGCUGAUGUUCUCAUUGAGGAUUCAUUGGGAUGCACAGCUCUGCAACUUGCAAUUUUUUGUAAAAAGAAGAACGCUGCUUUGACAUUAAUUGAAAGAGGAAGUGACGUCAAUCACGUUUGUUUUGUAUGAAAAUA